UGUGUGUUGUGACUGCUGCUGCUGUGAAUUUGGCUUCUUGAAUUACUUAAUUUGUUAACGUAGAACACAUUUUUAUGGCUGUCACUUUUUCCGUCGGUGCUUUUGAUGUCAGACAGGAAGCCUAAAUACUGAGGUGUCUUGGAGGCUUGAUGCUGUCCGCUCCUGCCCUGUCCUGUGCUAAGUGUCAUUAUGGAUGAAGAAACCCUUGAGGCGGCCAUCAGUACCUAUGGUGCCCAGCUGCAGCAGGUGGAGACAGCCUUGUCAGCUGGCCUGGACCCUUCCCAGCAGUCAGACCUGCUCAAACUGAAAGAAGACCUCAGCCAGCUGAUAGAGCUCACAGAGGCCAGCCUGGUGUCCGUCAAAAAGAGUCGCCUCCUGGCCAGCCUCGAGGACAGUAACAGUGGACUGCAGGCGAACAGCUCAGGGGCGGCAGCAGACACAAAUGGUACAAACGGCGGUUUGGACGAUGAGUUUGCUGCUUUCUACUCUACGCUGGGGGAGUCAUCGGGGAGUAGCUCUGAUGCUAGAGAGAAGGACAAUGAGGAGGAAGGUGGGGUAGAGGAUGGUGAAGACGAGGAGGAAGAAGAAGAAGAUGCACUCAGUGGUACCAAAGUAAGAGCACCGUACCGGACAACGUGGGGGACACUGGAGUAUCACAAUGCCAUGGUGGUGGGGGCAGAACCGCCAGAUGGAGAAGAGGCACAAGUAAGAGUGCUGUACGUCUACCCCACCCAGAGGUCUAUGAAACCCUGUCCAUUCUACUUAGAGGACAAGUGUCGAUUCCUGGAUAAUUGCAGGUUUUCCCACGGUGAAGUGGUGUGCGUGUCAGAGCUCAGAGAGUUCCUUGAGUUUGACCUCAGUAACCUCGAAGAAGGCUCGUCCUGCUUGGCUCGACAUGAGGACGGCAUCUGGUACCCGGCCAAAAUUAAAGAAAUUGACAGUGGUUUCUACACCGUGAAGUUUGACUCACUGCUGCUAAAAGAUGUCGUGGUCGAGGCCGACUGCAUCAUCCCGCCUUUGAGAGAAGACGACCCGCUCUCCUCCGACUCUGACCUGGACGACACAGGAGAAGAUGCGGCUUAUGCGAAAGUUCUGGACUCUGCUGCAGAUUCCACAGAAACAUUGAACAGUGCGAAUUUCGGCGGCUGGGAGGCACAUACGAGAGGCAUCGGAUCCAAGCUUAUGCUCAAAAUGGGCUAUGAAUAUGGGAAAGGCUUAGGAAAGAUGCAGGAGGGUCGAGUAGAGCCGAUCAUGGCAGUGGUCCUCCCCAAAGGCAAGUCCUUGGACGAGUGUGCCGAGCUCACCCAGAGACGUGCCCACAGCAAGGCAGCUAAAGAUGGAACACAAACAGGCCGCCCGAAGAAGCGCAGGAAGCCUCGGGUCGCCACCGGAGAGCGCCAUACCGUCUUUGACUUUCUCAACCACAAGCUGGGAAGCAAGAGAGGUGAUCCUGGUGAGGGGGGUGCUGCUGUUGGACCGGCGGCAGCGACUGGGGUGGAGGCUUACAGAGGAGGGAAAAGCACCAAGAGGACACUGAAUGUGAGGCUGUUCCAGGCUGCAGAGAGGGUGUCCCAGACUGAGAGGGAGAUCCAAAAACUGACAGAGUCACUCAGCAGGAAGACAGGCAGGGACGCAUCCAUAGUGAAGCAGCUGGAAGAGAAGCUGUCAGCGGCCCGCCGGCUGCUGGCCCAGCAGAAAGCCCAGGAGCUGUCCAUCCAGAGAGAGCACAAGAAGGCUGACACACACAAGAAGAUGACUGAGUUUUAGGCUCCGUUCUCUCAAAGACUUGGAGGAUAAAGGGAAGCGCUGCCUGCCUGAUAUGAACUUUUGUCCCUUUCCUGUUGUCAGUUACUUGCUAUACAUUUUUUUCAAAAGACAUUUUUUAGCAUUAUUCUCACAGGCAUUAUGGAUUGGAGCUGACAGUGAUGCCCAUUUUAUGCAGAAUGCAGCAUUUGCUGAAUCCUCUCUGCUUUUCAUUUUAUUUUCAGGGACUGAGCAGUUCAGUUGUUUGGUUUUAAAUUGUUCACUUCACAAUAAUGUUACAAACUAAAUUUAAUUUGUGAUGAGCA